AUGGGGCUAGACCUGCAAUCUUUGACAUGUAUCAUUGUGGUUACGGUUCUUGUAUCACAGAUAAUGUCGUUAUGGCUAACAAACCGAAAGACGACAGGCAGGCUUCCACCAGGCCCUCCAAGAUGGCCAAUAUUUGGUAAUCUUCUUCAACUAGGCUCUCUACCUCAUAGAGACUUUGCUUCAUUUUGCGAACAAUAUGGACCGUUGGUCUAUCUUCGUCUAGGGAAAGUUGAUGCUAUCACGACCAACGAUCCUCAUAUCAUUCGUGAGAUACUUCUCCAACAAGAUGAUGUAUUUGCAUCGAGGCCUCGUACCUUAGCUGCCAUUCAUCUAGCUUAUAAAUGUGGCGAUGUUGCACUAGCACCUUUUGGUCCUAGGUGGAAAUGGAUGAGAAGGAUAUGUAUGGAGCAACUUCUUACAACGAAAAGACUAGAAUCAUUUUCAAAGCAACGGGCAACAGAAGCCCAACAUUUGGUACAAGAUGUAUGGGCUUUGGCACAUGCCAAUGGCCCAAUUAACUUAAGAGAAGUUUUAGGUGCUUUUUCUAUGAACAAUGUGACCCGAAUGUUGUUAGGAAAACAAUACUUCGGGUCAGGCUCAGCAGGGCCAAAAGAGGCCCUUGAGUUUAUGCACAUAACACAUGAAUUGUUUUGGCUACUAGGCUUGAUCUAUUUGGGUGAUUAUUUACCAUUUUGGAGAUGGUUCGACCCGUAUGGCUGUGAGAAGAAAAUGAGAGAAGUGGAGAAAAGGGUGGAUGAUUUUCACAUGAAAAUAAUAGAAGAACAUAGACAAAGAAAGAAGAAUGGAGAGCAAAAAGAUGAAGGGAUUGUAGACUUUGUUGAUGUUUUAUUGUCUUUGCCAGGUGAAAAUGGAAAAGAGCAUAUGGAAGAUACACAAAUAAAAGCCCUUGUUCAGGAUAUGAUAGCUGCAGCAACAGAUACUUCAGCAGUGACUAACGAAUGGGCAAUGACCGAAGUAAUCAAACAUCCACUUGUCCUUCGGAAGAUCCAAGAAGAGCUUGACAACGUUGUUGGCCCAAACCGGAUGGUCUCUGAGUCAGACUUGUCAAGUCUCAACUACCUAAGAUGUGUGGUACGAGAAACCUUCCGUAUGCAUCCAGCUGGACCGUUCCUUAUUCCACACGAGUCCCUGCGAGCCACAGAGAUCAAUGGCUACUACAUUCCUGCCAAGACACGUGUCUUCAUUAACACACAUGGACUUGGGCGGAACACAAUGAUAUGGGAUGACAUCAAUGUGUUUAGACCAGAACGACAUCUGACUACUGAUGGGAGCCGAGUGGAAAUAAGUCAUGGAGAUGAUUUUAAAAUCUUACCGUUUAGUGCAGGAAAGAGGAAGUGUCCUGGCGCGCCUCUUGGCGUGACCCUUGUUCUGAUGGCAUUGGCUCAACUUUUUCAUUGCUUUGAUUGGAGUCCUCCUGAUGGGUUGAAAUGUGAGGAUAUAGAUACACAAGAAGUUUAUGGCAUGACAAUGCCAAAAGCCAAACCCUUGCUGGCUGUUGCAAGGCCUCGUUUAGCAACUCAUAUGUAUCAAUAA